CCUGCUCGAGACUGCUCGGACGUUCAACAUAAAGGUGCGACUCAGAGUGGUGUCUACCAGAUCUUCCCUCAGAGUUCUGCAGGUGGUGUGAGUGUAUUUUGUAAGAUGCAAGAGGAAAACAUGUGGACGGUGUUCCUCGCCCGCUAUCGCCAGAUUACGCAAGUGAGCUUCAGCAAGGGCUGGGAAGACUACAAGACUGGCUUCGGUGACCCACAUGGAGAAUAUUGGCUGGGCAAUGACAACCUUCACGCCCUGACUAGCGGAGGUCGUCGUUACCAGCUCAAGGUGAUCGCUACCAACCUGCGAGGAGAACAACUAUCUGCAGUGUGGGAGACUUUUAGUGUAGCCGAUGAAGCUAACGAGUACAGAGUCACAAUGGGAGGCUACACCAGCACUAGCACACUGAAUGAUGCACUUACGAGUGAACACGACUGGGCCAACCUGAACGGCAGUAGUUUCACCACGGUGGACAGUGACCACGACACUUGGUCAGGUGCUUCAAACACCGUGUUGAGGAAUGGUGACUAUGGCAGCUUCAACACCCUUUUUGAGGAACUGGUGACUACUGGCAGCUUCAACACCGUGUUGAGGAAUGGUGACUACUGGCAGCUUCAACACCGUGUUGAGGAACUGGUGAUACUGGCAGCUUCCACACCGUGUUGA